AUGGCGAUGAUGAUGACUGGCCGUGUGCUGCUGGUGUGUGCCCUCUGCGUGCUGUGGUGCGGUUUGUCUGUGGUGGCCAAUGGUGGUACUGAUGAUCUUGUUUCUGGCAGGGACGAAAAGAAUGCGGAACAUUUAUCUUCUUCAGAUCUGAGUUUGCCAGUGAGGCAAGGAGAACCAACAGCAGCGGGAGGAGGAAGAGGAUCUACAAACUCACAGGAAGGGAAGGAAGCUUCGAUGUCAAACACUGGCAUACGUCUCCCACAAGAGCAGGAAGUGAAGUUAGAUGCCGCUCCACACAAACCAACUGGGAAUGAAUAUGAAAAUAAAGGGCCGACGGAAGCUGGAGCUGACACGAGAAAUCAACCAGCACCUCCUCCUCCACCAAUAUCACUAUCAGAAGAAGAAGAUGAUGAACUAACGAAAGCAACACAAGACCAGGAUAGUCCAGUCGAACAAGAAUCUACACAAAAUAAUGAAAUAUUACAAGAAGAACCGGGACAUGAACUGAACACCCAAAACCCACUGCCACAAGAACAACACACAUCCGAACAACCUCAAGUGAAACAAGAACACGGAAAAGAAAAACAGCGAUCAGGACAACUGGAACAACGAGAACAUCGAGAAGAACCAAAAGAUCAGCAACAAAAACAGGAAAAACAAGAUGAAGAAAGCAUAAAACAUGAAGAAAAACAACAGCAACAAAAAGAUGAAAUACAAGAUCAACAACAUCAACAGCAUGAACAUCCCACAGAGAACGAAGAGGAAUCCGCAAAGGAUGAAAACGUUGUUCGCACAAAUGUCACGGCAGCAAAAGGCGACAGUGACGACAGCAUCGCGGUCUCGCACACCACCUCCCCUCUUUUGCCUCUUCUUGUUGCGUGUGCGGCUGUGGCUGCGGUGGUGGCCGCGUGA